AUGCAUAGGUAUUUGAUUGUCUCUGGCUUUCUCUCGCCCGACCAGACGAGUUCUCUUUUGUUGCGGGCCAAAGAGCUCCUUGAUGAAUUUAAACCAGAGGACCAUCCCCUAACCAAAUUCACAACGUCGGAUAAGGACCACGUUGGCGACAACUACUUUCUGAAUUCAGGCGACAAGAUCCGAUAUUUCCUUGACGAAGAUGCUGUCGAUAGUAGUGGGAAACUUACCAGGGAUAAGGCAAAGACAGUAAAUAAGAUUGGUCACGCUCUUCACGAAUUGGAUCCCGUGUUCCGGAAAGUUACUCUGGAAAAUGAUCGACUAAAGGCUCUAGUGCGCGACCUGCGAUUUCACUAUGAUCCAGUCGCACUGCAAUCAAUGGUUAUAUUCAAACAGUCACAAACCGGUGGCGCAGUGCCCGAACACAAUGAUUCCACGUUUCUUUACACGUCACCCCCAAGUGCUCUCGGGUUCUGGAUAGCUCUUGAGAAGUGCACGCCCAUGAAUGGCGCUUUGUCAUUCUUGCCCGGAUCCCAUCUAACAACUCCGAUCACGAAGAGAUUUAUACGUUUACCAGGGGGUGGUACCGGUUUUGAGCAGCUUACCACCACACCACCUCCUUCGUUUGACAUAAGCGAGAACCCGAGGGAGAAUGCGUCAGAAGGCGUGUCAGAAGGAAGCUAUGUGCUAGAACCUUGCGAGCCAGGUGAUCUCGUCCUCAUCCAUGGCAGCGUCCUUCAUAAGUCGGAGCGAAAUACUAGUGCUCACGCAAGAUUUGCAUAUACUUUCCACAUGAUUGACUCAUCCCCUUACGCCGAAUACGACGAGAAGAACUGGCUACAGCCUACUGAUGCAAUGCCUUUCUCCAGAAUCUUGGACGUGCCAAAUGAAAUUACUCUUUCCACCACUGUACAUUAG